UGGGCUCUCUGGUAGAUGGAGAUCAGCUGGAAGUUCUGGUGCCUAAAAUUGGAAUACAAUUCUCUAAUGCCACUUCAGACUGAACAGAAAAAAAAUACCUCCUGCAUCUCUGUGGAAAAUGUUCAUGGCUUUAGCUUGGCGCAGAAACCAUUUGGGGCAACAUAUGUCUGGAGCAGCAUUAUCAAUGCACUUCAAACUCAAGUGGAAGUGAAAAAGCGUCGCCAGAACCUGAAGUGCUACCAUGACUGUUUUAUUGGUUCGGACGCGGUGGAUGUUGUCUUUGCCCAUCUUCUACAGAACAAGUAUUUUGGGGAUGUUGAUAUUUCCCGUGCUAAAAUAGUGCGUGUAUGUCAAGCCCUGAUGGAUUACAAAGUAUUCGAGGCUGUUUCAACUAGGGUCUUUGGAAAAGACAAACGCUCUGUAUUUGAAGACAGUAGCAGUAGCCUCUACAGAUUCACAAAUGUCUCAAACCAAACAGAACUCGAUAAAGAUUACCAGCAGGGUACACCACAAAGGCAUGAGAAGAGCAUGUUGUUUCACUCUACUCCUGUCAAACCAGAAAGCUUGGAGGAUCUCUGGGAAAACCUGAGUUUAAAGCCUGCAAAUACCCCUCAAGUAAAUAUCUUGGAUAGUUUGUCCCGUCAAGUUAUUAAUGAAGUAUGGCGAGAACAAACAAUUGCUCGUCUGCUGCAGCUUGUAGACCUUCCACUCCUUGAGUCUUUACUUGAGCACCAAGAGGUCAGACCUCAGCUUCCACAACCACGGAAGGGAACUGGAUAUGUCAUCACAAGUAACUACCUAGACAGAGAGAUUCUCAAGGCUUUCAGUGACUCACAAACGGAUGAAUGGCUCUCAGCAGCAAUAGAUUGCUUGGAAUAUCUUCCAGAUCAUAUGGUGGUAGAUAUUAGCAGGAACUUGCCUGAUCAACCAGAUAAAGCAGACACAUGGAAACUGCUGCUGUUUGAAAGUAUUGGUACAUAUUACGGCCAAAAAAAGGAGCCGCUGUUAAGCCACGCAUCUGAAAUUCAUUCAGGAAUUGCAGAACUAUUAGUGAAUGGGAAGAUGGAACAAUCUUUAGAAGCUGUUCAACUCUAUUUGAAACUUCUAGACAGCCAAGUCAGGGAGGAGUUCAGAAGGCUACUGUACUUCAUGGCUGUUGCAGCACAUAAUUCUGAGCUCAAACUACAGAGGGAGAGUGACAACAGGAUGGUUGUGAAAAGAACAUUUUCUAAAGCUAUUAUCAACAAUAAAACCUUAUGCAGAGGGAAAACUGACCUCCUGAUCUUGUUCCUUGUGGAUCACCAAAAAGAUGUGUUAAAGAUCCCAGGGACACUGCAUAAAAUGGUCAGCAAUAAACUGGUGGCUUUGCAGAAAGGCCAAGAUCCUAGUAAGAUAACAGGCUAUACCUUUUGCCAAAAACUCGAUGAAGGAGAGUAUCGUUCCAGUACAGAGAAGACCACAAAAGAAGAGCUAUUGUCUCUAUUGAAAGCUAUUGAUGAAGAUUCAAAGCUUUCUGACAAAGAGAGAAAGAGACUGCUAGGUCAGUUUCAUAGUAGUAAUCCAAGUAUUUUUAUGCAGUAUUUUGGAGACAGAGUUACUAAUAUGUGUGUGUGACUUUAAAUAUCGAUUACUUUCUAUACUCCAGCAUUGAAAACACUAAUAUAUUUGUAAAUCUUUUGUAUUCAUGUAUCUAAUAAAAUUAUUUUGUGGAAAUGGAUGGAAUUUAUACAGUUAUUACCAAAGCCAACAGUACCCAAGUUUAGCCUGUACUUACAAUUUAGCUUUGCUCAUUCUUAAUUGCCGUAGGGCCAAAAUGAUCCUUUCUUUUCCUCACCUAAAGCCAAGUCUAUUGACUCCCUCUAUUCAAGUAUUGAAAUUACUGAGGAUGGGAGAUGCCUCUCCAAGAGUGAGAUCUCUCUGCCUUCUUUUGUACCAGCACUGAAUUUUGUUGAACAUGUUUUGGUUUUUUUCCUAAUUCCCCUUGCGUUAUGUGACUCCCUCAUGUAGCAUUGAUCUAUGACUUGCUGUGUAAUGGACAGAGCUGAGUAGCAUCUUCUGCUUGAUAUUCCACUGCUUUUCUUCAAGCUUGCCAGCUAACUGUACUGUGUAUGUAUAGGACAAAUUACUAUGCUGUUUUAAGGUGAAGUGGCACCAUAUUGAGGAAUUGCCAGGGAAGAUGGCUCUUUCCCAGCUGAAUCCUGCUCUGUACCCUGAACUGUUGAGUCUCCUGGGAUGGUGAAGAUAUUCUGGAUUUUUAAGUCAGUCUGGCUUUGGCUGCCACAGAAUGUACUGUUUAUGGCUAGUUAUCUUCAUCCCUGCAGUGUUUUGCUCUGUCUGUAAGUCUUAUUGAUGUCACCAGCUGUAAU